AUGACUCUAUUUCCAAUAGGUACAGCGCCUGACAGUCAACUGCCUUCGAAAUCGGAUGCGGCUACCAACCCCUCCGCAGUCGACGGAAACCUGGUGCCUACCACAGGUCGUUCUCCACCAGCUUUAGAUCACUCAGUGUUUUAUCGGCGGGGUCUGGAGUUGGUCGACGUGUGGCGCGAUUUUGAGCUGGCUGUGAA